AUGGCGUUAGAAGCGCGGCAGCAGCGUAUAGACCAAGCUCUGAGCGGCAACUACACCUGCCUAGCCAAGAACCUAUACGGUUCCGACUCGGUGGUGUACACGGUUCGAGUCUUGCCCUUGCCAGACCCUCCAGCUAUAAGGGCUACCCCGUAUAAGGACUACAUUGUGGUGGAAUGGGAUGAGAUCAGACCUUAUGGGAAUGACACUUCGAAUUUGGGUAUCAGUUACAAUCUAACCUGGCGUGAAGGCGACGGCCUCUGGCAAGAGGCCUGGCCAGUAGCCCGAGAGACCAGGCUGCCUGGCGUCCAGCAACACACCCUGGCUGGGUUGAAAUGCGGGACCAAAUACUCCGUGAGGGUCACCGCCACCGACAGCAUUGGGACGUCUGUGCCGGCGCAUGCUGACGUCAUCACUUUGGGAGGAGCUCCGAUCUCCCCACCAUCGACCGACUGGCUAUGGAGCAACGCCACCCAUAUUUACAUCCAGUUCAGCGGCUGGGACGAUGGCGGCUGUGACGUCACCAAGUGGGAGGUGGAGUACAGACCUCUAGGAUCCUCGAACUGGAUCCGAACUGACAAUAAAGCGCCCAUGGACCUCAACCUCGGCUGGAGUUACAUCGAGGGCCACUACCAGGCCCCCCCUCUGCGGUCCAUCCCCACUUCGUACGCGGUCGGCUCUCUCGCUCCCGCCAACUGGUACCAGCUAAGAGUGACUGCGACGAACGAUGCUGGCACCGCUUCUACCAUCUAUACUUAUGCUACGAAGACGCUGGAUGGAGAGGAAAUCGGUCCACCAUCAGAGCUGUUCGACCUGAACAUGCUGGUCAUCAUCUGCAGCUCCAUUCUGCUCGUCAUCUGCCUGUUCGCAUUCUUCUGUAUACUCUUCAGGAGGCAUCGGCAAAACUACUCGUCCCAAUACCGGCACUCCAUAGCUGACGAGGUGAAGUCCCGCAACGAGAGCGUGGCGUCCCACUCGGAGCACAAGGAGCGGUAUGCGCACGCGCCGCGAAUAUACACGUCGCCCGCGCACGUCAGGAAGGCUAGUAAGAAUGAAAUGUUCGAGAUAAGUCCUUACGCGGAGUUCGCGCUCGGCUUCCGAACAUUCGACCACGUGGAGAACCAAGACCUGCCCAGUCGACUGCCCAGCAGGCCGAGGUUUGAUACAGAAACAAGCUUCCAGAACCGGUCGGAGUCGGACGACAGUGACAGCACGUCAAAAGCCACAGUGACAGCCGCGCCAAGACGACACUGUCGAACGCCGCAUCACAGAUAACAAGAAAAUUCAAAUUAU